GAAAACACAUUCUCUUCAUUACGAGUGUCAGUUUUAUCAGAAUCUUAGCUCGGUUCUCUGUGUUAUUUAACUUCACUGCCAUUCGUCUUAAUACGGGAAAAAGGAUAAUAAAAAAUAUAACUAAGCAUGGCAUCGUCACCGGCUGCGAUACAAAAGUUUGAAAGAAAUGUUCCACGAGUGACAUAUUGUUGCUUCUUCUUUGAUAUGAAUGUCGGUGGAACUUUACUUUCACUUUUUGGUAUCAUUACUGGAUUUGCUUAUCUGGCACGUUCACUUCACGUUCUCUAUAAUAUUCAUGCUUUUGAAAUGGGCCUUGGAGAAGACGACGCAUUAAACAAUGAAGACGACAACAUUUGGGUCGUUUAUAUAUCAACAAUGUUUGUUGGCUUCUUUUUCGUGAUUGUUUCUAUCUUCAUGUUAUAUGGAAGCACAAAGCGAAUGGCACAUCACGUUUUUCCGUAUCUCAUCGGCAUUCUUUUAAGCACAUUUUGGUCGAUAGUGUUGGGAACUAUUGAAGUUUUUGACUCUGAUAUGGACCUUGCUUUGGGCUACUUCAUUUUUGCAGCAUUUCAAUUCUAUUUGUGGGUUUGUGCAGUUUCACUCUAUCGUGAUCUCAUUGAAGUCGAACAAAACCCAAAUAAACCCACACGCACGACAGUUUAAAUACUUAAACGUCAUCUGGAAAAUGAAAACAAGGAAAAACAAAUCAUCAAACAUAAAUUUAUUUUCUAAAGACAUUUGUGAAAAAAGUUUUCGUGUUUUUUUAUCACUGAAAUUAUUUUGAAUUUUAUUUAAAUUAUUUUGAGAAAAUAAAAGAAUUUGACAUCAUGUGUUGAAAAGUUUGUUUAGUCCCAAUAUUUGAUGAGUCCGUCCCAUCCAGCUGUGAUGACUUUACUUGAUUCGUGUGGAUUCCAAAGCGUGCUAAUGCAGACUCCUUCAUGUGCUUGCCAUUUCUUAUAGAGUUUAGUUGUCUUCCAAUCCCAAAUGUAGCAUUUUCCGUCUCCAUCUCCUGAUACCAAGAACGACAUGUCAGGUGAAAAGUCCAAGCCACAUGCAUAUCCUGACACCAUAUGUCCAUCGAAAGUCUUCUUACGGUUCAUUUUAAAGCGAUUGAUGGCUGAAAAUAUUACAAUUUUGUUGUCGAGACUUUGACAAGCAAGCCAUUUCCCAUUAGGAGCGAGAGUCACGGCUGGCAUUGAGUGCAUUGUUGGAUCCGCAAUAUAUUUCAUAUCAACUGGAAUGUCCCAUUCCCAAACUCUCAUACUUUUGUCAUCAGAUGUUGUCACAAAUCUUCUAUUCUCAUCAACAAAGGUUAUUGUGUUUACAGCGCCUAAAUGUCGAUCAUAUUCUUGUACAAUUUCACCACUUCUUGUGUCCCAACAGAGAAUCUUCUUAUCAGAUGUUCCGCAGACAAACAAAUGUUGUUUAUUGUAAUCGGGAUGGAAUUUAACGCAAUAUGGAACUUUUCUUGACGUGAAUCGUGAAACGACAUUUCCUGUUUCUGUGUCCCAAAGCUUAAGAUAUCUAUCGUAACCAGCUGAUACAAAUUGAGUUCCACGAGCAUUGAAAUCAAUAUCACGAACAGCUUGACGAUGUCCAGUAUAAGUUCGAACACAACGACGUUCAUUGUAAACUUCCCAAAUCUUGAUUUUUGCAUCCAUGCCACAGGAUAGCAGUAAAUGAGCGGAUUUAGGAAAUAAUCGAAUAGCAGAGAUGCCUUUCGUGUGUCCAGUCCAGGUGUGAAUGUGAGCUUUAGGAAGAAAGCAUCGAUCGGGAUGUGCGCCAGCUUUCAAACUGACGCCAACAUCAUGCGGUGGAUGAAGGAAGGAUCGCCCUUGAUAAUCGACUGAAUCAUUGAUGUGGAGAAUUGACUUCUCUUCAACAGGUUUCUCUUCAAUUUCACGCUUAUUUCGUCGUUGUUUUUUCGCCAUCAUCUCUUCAAUUUCUGCUUUCUCUUGAUCUGUUGGUUGAGACACAAGCUCUUCAUCUUUAUAUUUACCCCAUGGUCCGAGAAAUCCUUCAAGAUCAGUAGGGUCGUCAUUUUUAUGACGUUUUCGUUUAUUUUCUGGUUUUAUUUUGUUUGAUUCGAAGACUGUUUUGCCGUCAGUAUUGUAAGCUGCUUCAAGAUGACCAACAUAAUUAUCUCCUGCUGUUGCUUUAUCUGCAGAUGGAUCUAAGGCAUAUCCAUAGCUAUGAAAUGUUCUUCGUUGAUUUUCAAAUUGAAAGUCGCUUAUAUGUGCGGGUUCAACAAAUCCAGUUGCUGUGUUCUUAAGUGCUUUUUGUUGUUCAGAUUUGAAAGGAUUGUCGGGACCUUGAAUUGGUGCAAAAAGUUCCUCAUAUUUUGGAUUGUACUGUAAUUCGCCAUCGGUAGCUUUAACCGCUCUCUCGGCGAUAGCUCUUUCUGUUGGAACUACCACAGGACAAGCAACAAUUUGAAUUGAUUUAGCAACUGAAUAUUUUGAAUCAAUUGGCUUUAAAUGGAUUAACUUUGAUUCGUCAACUGAUUCUUCUCCACUACUGCUUCCAUAGUCUUGUAAAUUCAGCAU